GACAGACUCUGGGUGCACAUGGCUCAGUAGAGGAUGAAGCCCAAUCCGGCAGGCUCCUCCCCAGAGGCCUGCAGAGCUCCAGGCCAAAGGGAGAAGAGCUGCCCUGUCUGCCAGGCCUGGGGAGGGGUCUCAGGCCUGAGGUCUGAGUCGGGGCCUGGGCCGGGGCCUGGUACUGUUCUGGAGCCUGGGCUGGGGCCUGGUGCUGUGUCCAGACCUGGGCCAGGGCCCGGGGCUGUUCCGGGUCCUGGGGCAGUGUUGGGGUCUGGGCUGGGGCCUGAUGCUGUGUCCACACCUGGACCAGGGCCUGGUGCUGUUCUGGGGCCUGGUGCAGUGUCUGGGUCUGGGCCGGGGCCUGGUGCUGUGUCAGGAUCUGGGCCAGGGCCUGCUGUGGUUCUAGAACCUAGACCAGGGCCUGGUGCAGUGUCAGAGUCUGGGCUGGGGCCUAGUGCUACUUCAGGGCCUGGACCAGGUCUGGGGCCUGGGCCAGGAUCUGUGCCAUUACCUGGGCCAGGGGUAGGGCCUGGGCUCAGACCCAGUAAGCCAACAACAGCCCCAACACCAGUGCCACAGCAGCAGACUCAAGCCACAUCCGUGCAGGCCCCCAGGCAGAAGGUUCUGGUGACUGGAGGAGGAGGCUACCUGGGCUUCAGCCUGGGUUCCAGCCUGGCCGGGAGCGGCACUUCUGUCAUCCUGCUCGACCUCCGCAGACCCCAGUGGGAGCUGUUCCCAGGGGCCGAGUUCAUCCAGGCUGAUGUCCGAGAUGAAGAAGCCCUGUACCAUGCCUUCGAAGGGGUGGACUGUGUCUUCCACAUGGCGUCCUACGGAAUGUCGGGUGCUGAGAAGCUGCAAAAAGAGCAGAUUGAGUCUAUAAAUGUUGGAGGCACCAAGCUAGUGAUUGAUGUUUGUGUCCGCCGGCGGGUUCCAAGGCUUGUCUACACCAGCACCGUCAAUGUCGCAUUUGGCGGGAAGCCCAUAGAACAGGGUGAUGAGGACUCUGUGCCAUAUUUCCCGCUGGAGAAGCACAUGGACCACUACUCCCGAACCAAGGCCAUCGCCGACCAGUUGACCCUCAUGGCCAAUGGAACGCCUCUCCCAGGAGGAGGCACUCUGCGGACAUGUGUGCUCCGGCCCCCGGGGAUCUAUGGCCCUGAAGAGCAGAGGCACCUGCCCCGAGUGGCGAGCCACAUCAAGAAGAGGCUGUUCAUGUUCCGAUUUGGGGACUGCAGGACUCGGAUGAACUGGGUCCACGUGCGCAAUCUGGUGCAGGCACAUGUGCUGGCGGCCGAGGCCCUCACUGCAGCCAAGGGCUACGUGGCCAGUGGGCAGGUGUACUAUAUCAACGACGGAGAGAGCGUCAACCUCUUCGAGUGGAUGGCCCCGCUGUUUGAGAAGCUAGGGUACAGCCAGCCCUGGAUCCAGGUGCCUACCUCCUGGGUUUACCUGACAGCCACGGUGAUGGAGUAUCUACACCUGGCCCUGAGGCCCAUCUGCAUUGUCCCUCCACUGCUCACCCGGAGUGAGGUGCGCAGCGUGGCCGUGACGCACACCUUCCAGAUCGGCAAGGCCCGCGCCCAGCUGGGCUACGCGCCCGACAAGUUCAGCUUCGCCGACGCCGUGGACCGAUACGUGCAGUCCACGGCCGGGAGGCCCCGCUCCGCGGCGCGGACGCUCCUGCGGCUGCUGCUCGGGCUGCUGCUGCUCCUCGGCCUGCUCGCCCUGGCCCUGCACGUCCUGGGCCUGCAGCCGCCCGCCGUCUGA